AUGGCACUGGGACAUGCGUCACCCAACUUCAAGGACCUCAGCGCGGAACUAUUCGCUCCGGUACGCAUGAGGUUUUCGCCGACUGGAAGGCAGCUCGUCACUGCCAGUUUUGAUGGAACCGUUUGCGUGUGGGAGCGCACCGCCGACACAGUGACUGAAUGGGAGUGCUACGCGACGCUCGAAGGGCACGAGAAUGAGGUGAAGGACGCGUGCUUCUCCGCAUCUGGCGAGUACCUUGCUUCCUGUUCCAGAGACAAGACCGUGUGGAUUUGGGAACAUCUUGAAGACACGGACGAGUAUGACUGCUGCUCCAUCCUCAACGACCACACACAAGAUGUCAAAUGCCUCCGUUGGCACCCUUCCCUUGACUUGCUUGCGAGCGGCAGCUACGACAACACAAUUUGCUUGUACCGCCCGGAUCCAGACAUCUCAGACUGGACGCGCGUUGCGCAUCUGACGGGCCACGAGAGCACGGUGUGGUCGCUUGCCUUUAAUGCAAGCGGGUCUCUCCUUGCGUCUGCAAGCGACGACAAGACUGUCCGCAUCUGGAAGUUCACCCCUCCAGAGCAGCCCAGUGCGUUUUCUGGCACUGACGGGACGUGGACGUGCGUCACGACGUUGUCGGGCUUUCACACACGAAGCGUGUACUCGGUGGACUGGUGCCAUGUCACGAAUCUGCUGGCAACAGGUUGUGGCGACAACCACGUGCGCGUCUUUCGCCAAACACAGGUCGAGUCGGCAAGCGCGCCCUCGUUUGAGAAAGUCUAUGACGACCAAACGCACACGCAGGACGUAAAUGCGGUGCUGUGGUGCGCCCAAGAACCUGCGGGACACAACGCCACCGCUCGCAUUUUGCUUGCGUCAGCAUCUGACGAUGAGGUCAUCACACUUGCCCGAUUCCAGGAAAUGGGGCCAAGCAACUGCGUUUGA